GCCACUAAAAUAAAACUUUUUAUUUUAUUUUUUAUUUUAUAUAUAUUAGUAAAUAAAUAAAGCUUUAUAUAUAGUAGAGAGCUCCGCAGAACCCUCAGAAUACCGACUCUGUUUUAUAGAUCAUUCUGCUGAAAGCCUAAAAUGAAGACGAUGAAUUGCCACAUUCGAUAUGCCAUCAUACUUCUUCUCAUGACCUCAUCUUGCUUCUUUGUUUCACACUCUUUCAAUAUCGAUAAUGCCCCUACCACUUCCUUUCACAAAACAUUAUGCCUCCCGGAUCAAGCCUCUGCUUUGUUGCAAUUCAAACAUGAGUUUGCAUUUCAUAAACUCAACUAUUCUUAUGAAGAUGUCCCUUAUCAUUAUUAUUUGUUAUAUAAUGGUUAUCCAAAGAUGAAGUUUUGGAAGGCGGAAAAGGACUGCUGCUACUGGGAUGGUGUUUCAUGCAACAUGGAAACCGGACAUGUGGAAAGCCUUGAUCUCAGCCACAGUUGGCUUCAUGGGCCUCUGCUUUCUAAUAGCAGCCUCUUCAACUUGCAUCAACUCCAACGACUCAAUCUCGCCUUCAACAACUUCAGUUUCUCUGCAAUUCCUUCAGAGUUGGGCCGCCUUUCAAGGUUAACACAUCUCAACCUCUCUUCAUCUUUUUUCUGUGGGCAUAUCCCAUCUGGAAUAUUUUGGCUGAACAAAUUGAUUUCACUUGAUCUCUCUUACAAUUACCACUGGGAUCCAUUUAAAGGUGAUUAUAUUUACCUACAAAGGGUAGACAUGAUCACAAGGCUUGUCAAAAACAUGACAAAUAUUAGAGAAAUUCUCUUAAACAGCGUGGACCUGUCUUCGUCACUACCUGAAUCCUUGGCAAACUUAUCUUCCUUAGAAUCUCUUUCAUUGAGUGGAUGCUAUUUGCAUGGUAGAUUUCCCAAUAAUAUCUUUCUCUUGCCUAAAUUGAAAGUCAUUGAUUUAUCAAGGAAUGAUAUUUUCACUGGUUUUCAUCCAAAGUUUCACAAUGGCAGUAACCUGAGGUCCUUAAUUCUUUCAUGGACAAACCUUUCAGCAAGAUUGCCAGAUUCAAUCGGAAACCUCAAGUCCUUGAAUGUUUUGGAUAUCAGUUAUUGUGAUUUUUCAGGCACUCUUCCUUUUUCGUUUUGGAAUCUUUCCGAACUCACAGAGUUAUACCUCUCCGGAAACAACUUCGGUGGCAUUAAUCAACUUCUUCCUAGAGUAGGAAAACUUUCAAAGCUCACUAUUUUGGAGCUUCAUGCGCUUCAACUUAGUGGUGAAGUAGCCUUUUCACUUGGAAACCUCACACGUCUGGAAAUUCUAGGUCUUUCUGAAAAUAAUUUUAGUGGUCAAAUCCCAUUUUCAUUUCCAAAUCUAAAAAUGUUGCGAAGUUUAGAUCUCCAAGAGAGUGGUGUCAGUGGUAAUAUUCCAUCUUCAUUUGGAGACCUCAUCAGAUUGGAAGAUUUAAAUCUUUCAAUUAAUAAUCUUAGUGGUCAAAUUCCUCCUUCCAUUGGAAACCUCUCAAGGCUGGAGUCUUUUGAUCUUUCAAAUAAUGGUCUUAGCGGUCCAAUUCCUCCUUCGAUUGGAAAGCUCAUAAGGCUGGAUUAUUUGUAUCUUCGCUAUAAUAAUCUUAGUGGUCCAAUUCCUCCUUCGAUUGGAAAGCUCACAAGGCUGGAAGAUUUAGAACUUUCCUAUAAUAAUCUUAGUGGUCAAAUUCCUCCUUCUCUUGGAAACCUUAGCCAGCUAGCCUACUUGGAUAUUUCUAGUAAUUGUUUUGAAGGAGUCAUUCAUUGGUCUCUGUUUGCAAUUUCUUCCUUGGAAGGGAUGUACAUGUCUGAUAAUCAAUUCAGCGGCCCUCUCAAUAUUCAGAAUAUCUCCUCGUCCCAAUUGGUUCGAUUGGAUAUAAGUGGAAACAUGUUAAAUGGGGAAAUUCCAAAGUCGAUAUCCAAAUUACGAAACGUGGAAUGGCUUAAACUUGGUUCAAAUAACUUGAGUGGCACAGUUGAGUUGGACACCUUCUCAAGCUUACGAGUGCUUGAUCUCUCAUCUAAUAAUAUUUCCAAACUAUCAUAUGGACAUGAUAUGGCUUCCAUUCUUCUCAAUCUUGCAUAUUUCAAUUUGUCUUCUUGCAACAUAACUGAGUUUCCAGAAUUCUUGAAGUCCCAACAUGAGUUGCAGCGAUUGGAUCUUUCCCACAACAAAAUUGAAGGCCCCAUACCUAAAUGGUUCUUGAGUGUUAGUAUAAACAACUUGUUUUUCUUGGAUCUUUCUCACAAUUUCAUUAGCGGUUGGGAGGUAGCCCCUUCAAUUUUACCUUGGAAUGAAUUAAGGUAUCUAAACUUACAUUCCAACAAGUUGCAAGGCCCACUUGUAGUUCCACCAGAGGACAUAUCUUACUAUAUUGUUUCAAACAACAACUUGACUGGUGGCAUUCACCCAUUUUUCUGUAAGUUGAAAGAUCUCGGAUUUUUUGAUGUGUCUAAUAACUUUUUGGCUGGCAUUAUUCCCCACUGCAUGGGUCAAUUAUGUGUACAUAAUUCUUCCUCCAACUUCAACUUAAUGACAUUGGACCUCAGCAACAACCGAUUGCACGGGAAAGUUCCACACUCUUUAAGCAAAUGUCAACAGUUGGAAAUUCUUAACCUUGGGCAUAAUGAAAUAGAAGACACAUUCCCUUCUUGGUUACCUGAACUUUCAGAGUUGCAGGUUCUUGUUUUGCGAAGCAAUAAAUUCUAUGGUCCUGUAUGGCAUCCUCACAGCAAAGUUUUUGGUUUUAGAAAGUUGCGGAUUAUUGAUCUAUCUUUCAAUGAGUUUAAUGGAACUUUACCACCAGAUUACUUCAAAAGUUGGAGCUCCAUGAUGCAAAUUUCCAACAAAGAUAACUCAUCACAACUGAAGUAUAUGGAAUAUGGUGAUUCCGGAAAAACAUAUUAUCAUGCCUCUUUGAAAGUAAUAGAUAAAGGUAUAGAAAUUGUGAUGGUGAAGAUCAUAACCAUUUUUACAUCCAUUGAUCUGUCAAAUAAUAGAUUUGAAGGAGAAAUUCCAAUAAGCCUGAGGAAUCUUCAAUCAUUAGUUGUGCUCAACCUAUCAAGUAAUAGUUUUACAGGGCCAAUUCCAUCAUCUUUUUCAAACCUUGGAGAGCUGGAGUCCUUGGAUCUCUCUAAAAACAAGUUGUCAGGUCGAAUCCCACCGCAGUUUGCUAAGCUGACAUUUCUUGAAUAUUUGAACCUCUCCCACAACAAUCUCACAGGUCCCAUACCACAAGGCGGACAAAUGGAAACAUUUCAAGCUUCUGCAUUUGAGGGAAACUUUGGUUUGUGCGGCUUACCUUUGCCCAAAAAAUGCGAUGACAUUGAGACACCAACUUCUCAGCAAGACCAGGAAUCAGAUUCAGGAUAUGACUUUGGGUGGAGAGUAGUAGCCUUGGGAUACGGAUGCGGAUUCCUAAUUGGAAUGGUUGCAGGACAUUUUAUCAUCUCCAAAAGACCAAAUUGGUUUUCCAAAACAUUUGGUGUCAACAUACAGAGGCCUAGAUGAUUCUCUCUUUUCGCUUAUCUUUCUGCUAUACGCCAGUUUGAAUAUAUAAUUGGCACAUUCUGGUUGGCGGUGCAUGGAGAAAGCUGCUGUUCUGUGGUUCUUCAUCAAGUGAAUUUUUCUAUUUUUAAGUUUUUUUGGCAAUUGAAGGAUGUUUUAUGAUUUUGUUAAAAAAUAUAUAUGAUUGUACAUAUUGCUUUCGACUAUUCUUAUCAAGGAAUUGGUGGUAUAUGCUUUUUGAUA